GAGCGUGGGCUGUUGUAUGGGGAGGAGCACAUCCUAAUGCGACAGAGCUGCAGCUUUCCUGAAUCAUCACACACUCGGAGAAAGAGCGAGCGAGGAACACGGCAGGCUCUCCCCCAGACAGCGGCACCACAGUCACUCCGGGGAGGAGAGGACCACCCCAGCCUACCUGCAGCCCAAAACCCAUGCAGCCCACCUCGUUCCAGGACGCCCCAGAAACCCCCCCCCCUACCCUCCACCAAACGCACCCCAGCGUCAUCCGUCCGCAGAUCCUCUGCAUCCAUCCAGCGUCGGAGCCGACUGCGUCUCCCUGCUGCCUGCUGCAAAGAGUCCAGCGAGCAUCUCGUGCCAAUUAAGAACAGGUCAUCCCUUCUGUGACUUGCUUGAGUGCUGACCGGAUUCUUUCUGUCUUGGUGCUGGCCUUGAGCUGAAAAUGGGACACCUAUCCAGCCUCGUGCAUCUGAUCUCUCUGACACUCAGCUAUGCUGCUGGGAUCGGUGUGCUGGGCAGCAGCUAUGGUCCAGUGUUUGAGGAGCAGCCUUCCAGCCUCCUUUUCCCAGAUGGGCUGACGGACGAGAAGAUCACGUUGGCGUGCCGAGCGAGAGCCAGCCCCCCUGCCACCUACAGCUGGAAGGUGAAUGGCUCGGACGUGCAGGUGGGGAGCGAGCCACGCUAUGCCCUUGUGGCUGGAAACUUGGUGAUCAGCUCCCCCCAGCGAGGGAAGGACAGCGGCUCCUACCAGUGCCUGGCCACCAACCCCAGCGGCACCAUCAUCAGCCGCGAGGCCAGCCUGAGGUUUGGCUAUCUCCAUGAGUUCCCUCCAGAUGACAGAAGCCUCCAGACUGUGUAUGAGGGAGCAGGAACCAUGAUUCCCUGUCACCCACCUUCUCACUACCCAGCCCUGUCCUAUCGCUGGUUUUUCAAUGAGUUUCCUACCUUCAUCCAGCCAGACAGGGGCCGCUGGUUUGUCUCCCAGGCAACAGGGAACCUGUACCUCUCCAGGGCAGAGCCCAAUGACACGGGCAACUACUUCUGCUUCGCCACCAACAACAUGGAGCUCAGCAUCAAGAGCGUCUUCAGCAAGCCCAACCAGCUCAACGUGCUUCCUGAUGCCACUCCCAGGAAAUCUUCUCCUAACAUUAAAGUGCGCUUCCCAUCAGACACGUAUGCUCUGGCUGGCCAGUCUCUGCAGCUGGAGUGCUUCGCUUAUGGCAACCCUGUGCCCAAGCUGCGGUGGCGGAAGGUGGAUGGCACUGUGCCCCCCAAGGCCCUGGGUAGCAUGGACGGGCCCAUCCUGCACCUGCCCGAGCUGGAUUUCAUGGACGAGGGCGUGUACGAGUGUGAGGCACGCAACUCUGAGGGCCGAGACACCUACCAGGGCCGCAUUACUGUGCAAGCCCAGCCGGAGUGGCUGCAGGUGAUGAGUGACUCCGAGGUGGAAAUCAGCUCGGAGCUGCGCUGGAGCUGCGCGGCGGCAGGAAAACCCCGGCCCUCCAUCCGAUGGCUGCGGAACGGCCAGCCACUCGCCUCCCAGGACCGUAUUGAGGUCAAUGCUGGACAGCUGAGGUUCUCAAACCUGUCCCUUGAGGAUUCUGGGAUGUAUCAAUGUGUGGCAGAGAACAAGCAUGGCACCAUUUAUGCCAACGCAGAACUGAAGGUGCAAGUCCAGGCUCCAGAUUUCCGGCUGAGCCCUGUGCGCCGCUUGACCCCAUCGGCACGGGGGGGCCAGGUGAAGAUGGAGUGUCGCCCGAGGGCUGCGCCCCGGCCUGUCCUGUUCUGGAGCCGUGGGACGGAGAUCCUGUCCAACAACAGCCGGGUGACAGUCACUCCAGAUGGGAGCCUCUGGAUCCAGAAUAUCAGCCGUUCGGAUGAGGGGAAGUACACGUGUUUUGCAGAAAACUUCCUUGGGAAAGCGAACAGCACAGGAUUUCUCUCUGUCCGAGAAGCCACCAAAAUUACACUUGUGCCUUCCAACGCUGACAUCAACCAGGGGGAGAAUGUGACCUUGCAGUGCCAUGCGUCACAUGACCCCACCAUGGACCUCACUUUCACCUGGUCCAUGAACGGAAUCCUCCUGGACACAGAGGACGCCAGCCGGCACUUCCAUCGCGUAGAGGGGAAAGAGACUGUGGGAGACCUGAUGAUUGUAAGUGGCCAGCUGGGGCAUGCUGGGAUAUACAAGUGCACAGCGCAGACAGUGGUGGACAGUGCCUCAGCAUCCGCAAGGCUUGUGGUCAGAGGUCCUCCUGGGCCACCAGGGGGCGUAGUUGUAAAGGACAUGAACGAGACGUCGGUAGAACUAAGGUGGAGUCGAGGUUAUGACAACCACAGCCCAAUUGGGAAGUACACAAUUGAGGGCAGGUCGCCCCUCUCUGAGGCCUGGAAACAGAUGCGAACAGAUCCAGCCAACAUUGAGGGCAACGCUGAGUCUGCCCAUGUGAUUGGGCUCAUGCCCUGGAUGGACUAUGAGUUCAGGGUGAUCGCCAGCAACAUCCUAGGCAGCGGAGAACCCAGCAUGGCAUCGCAGAAGGUCCGAACACGACCUGCAGCUCCCAUGGUUGCCCCUAGUGGACUUGGUGGAGGUGGUGGAGACCGACAUGAGCUCAUCAUUACUUGGACUUCCAUGGCUCGAGAGUACCAGAAUGGAGAAAAGUUUGGCUACAUCCUGGCCUUCCGGAAGAAAGCAGCACCACAGUGGCACAUUGUCAAGGUGCCCAAUGUGGAGUCAUCUCGCUUUGUGUACCACAACGAGAGCCUGGCAGCAUACUGCCCCUUCGAGGUGAAGAUCAAGGCCUACAACGAGAAGGGUGAAGGCCCCUUCAGCCAGACGGCUCUGGUCUACUCUGCAGAGGAAGAGCCCACUGAGACUCCUCGAAGAGUCAACGCCACCAGCCUGUCGGCCUUCGAGAUCCAGGUGUCCUGGGAGCCCCUGCAGCACCUGUCCACCAACGGCAUCCUGAGAGGAUAUGAGAUCCGAUACUGGAGGCAGAACGAGAAGGAGGCCGCGGCAGACAGGGUGCGGACCAUGGGGCUGGAGACGGUAGCACGAGUCUCGGGCCUGAGGCCCAGCACCCUCUACCACGUCACCGUCCUGGCGUACAACAGCGCGGGCACUGGGCCGCCCAGCCCCUUCACCAACGUCACCACCAAGAAACCCCCCCCAAGCCGAGCGCCAGACAAUGUCUCGUGGAGGAUUGAUGGAUCAUGGGUAACAGUGGCCUGGGAUCAUGUCAAGCCUCUGAAGAAUGAGUCAGCAGUGUUGGGGUACAAGGUUCUCUACAAGCACGAGGGCCAGACGGCGCUGAAGGUGCUGGAGAAGGGCAAGGCCUCGGUGAGGCUCCCCCUGCCCCAAGACAACGGCUACGUGGUGCUGGAGAUCCGGGCCUGGGGGGAGGGAGGCGACGGGGCGCCUCACGAGCUCAUCGUGUCCAGGGAUUCGGGCACAGGCAUGAUGGUACAGAAUGCAGUCAAGGACCUCACCCCCCUUCACACAGUCGUCACCGCCACCGCAGUAACGCUCACCCUGAUUGGUUUAUUGGAGCCCUGACUUAAACCAAUCCCUGGAGGGUUUACAUCAAGAUCUAAACUUAUUGGUUGAAUUCACUUGCCUUGCCCUGCGCCUUUGUGAAACCCGUUGGGAAGAGGCGAAGAAAUAAAAUGACAAUGUACUUUUACUUUUUGAUGAGAAAAAAAUACAAGAUUUUGUACGACUGCAAAAGCUUGCUAGUUUGCUAACGUUCAGAAAGGAAAAACUGAAGGAAGGACUGUCAUUUGUAAAUAUAACCAUUAUAUCUGUAGGAAUUUGCCUCACAGAAUAUUACCUUGAAUAUUUGGACUAUUUAAUCAUUAAUUUUACCUUAACACCACGUGAGCAGUAACCACUAUUUCCCACCCAUUUUACCUCCCACGUGCCCUUUACGACCAGAUUUCAGAUUCUGAGUCAUACAAGCCCUGUUCUAAAAGCUCUGAUAUUAAUAAUCUCAUAAAUCUAUUAGCUGCUUUAAGUAUUCUCUCCCAAAACACAAUCCUCAAUUAUAAAAUACUAAUAUGGUGACUCCUGAGUUAUCCGUUCAACUCAAACAGGCACCUUAGGGCAAAAGAUCAGCUUCAAAUACCGUGCCAAUACAGUUUUCCAGUUUCACAGCAGAGCAAAUAAAAAAAUAAAAUCUAAUCCGGAGAAUCAAUCCAUGCGGUGCUCACAGUGCAGUCAUUAGCGCAAUGUUUCACUUUGCUGAAAAUAUGAAAUUUUCCAAAACUUUGAGUAAUUUCUUUUUUAUAAAAUUUUUACUAAUAAACUCAAAAAUUAAUAGUUCUUUGGCAGAAUUCUGAGGCUUUAUGUCAAAUAAUUGGUUAAUAGUGGAAAAAUGUUAGGCCUCUUUGGAUUAGUAUUUAUACUCGACUGAAAGGGUCUAAAUUUAGAAGGAAUAUACAGUAUACUGUACAGAUUUUAACAAAUCAAGAAACCUAACUAUGUACUUGUGACGAUUCCAACACAGGAGCUCCAUUGCAGUUGUUUUGAGGAAAAGCAGGGUUACAGUUCAUUUUUAAACUUGCAGAACAAAACAGAAGAUGGGAUAGGGGCCUUAUUAUCUCAUUACCAUUUAUCUGUUACAAGUCAUAGAUAGAACAGAUUAUUAACACUGAAACAGUAGAUAAUUGUCCUUCACAAGGUGAGUGGGGUAUCAUGCACUGCAUACCCAAACUGAGUUUGCUUAAGAAAAUAGUUUCUAGUUCUGUGAAUGUCACUGGCGGUCUUUGGGAGCUAAACCAUAUUUAUCUUUACAACCUUUUAUUAACUAUUACCUUUUUUCAAGACACAAGACACGGUCUCUGCCUUUUCUGAACAUAAAGGCUUUAAAUUUGAAUGAUAGUGCUAAUCAUGUCUUAACAAGGACAUCUACUGCCAAUAUAUGGUAUAUGGAGAUAAUGGUUUUGUUUUUCUGACAUAUUUAUCUCACGAUCUCCAGAUAAGUA